UACCUAGGAACUUUUCAUAACAACUUUUCAAGACCUUCCUUCGCUCUUCUGAAGAAACGAAGGCGACGCAACAGUUUCCACUGACUACAUUAAGGUUUUGGACUGACUACUCUUGUCUUUAGCAUUCAGCUCAACCAAUUUUAGUCUCAUUUACUGGAAGAAUUAAGCGGAAUUACUCAAAGAACAUAGUAUGUCAGGACGCAAAGAAACGGUUUUGGAUCUUGCCAAAUUUGUUGAUAAGGGUGUCCAAGUCAAGCUUACUGGUGGACGACAAGUCACAGGGACCUUGAAAGGUUAUGACCAGUUGCUGAACCUCGUCCUUGAUGAAGCCAUAGAAUUCUUGAGAGAUCCGGAUGACCCUCUGAAGACGACCGAUCAGACUAGACGCCUUGGCCUAAUAGUAUGCCGGGGUACUGCUGUGAUGCUUGUUUCCCCAACUGAUGGUACUGAUGAGAUUGCAAACCCCUUCCUUCAGGCAGAUGGGGUGUAGUUAAUGCCAUUGUUAUCUCUCAAAGUGAUUGCUAUAUAAAUGGAUAAUUCUAUUUGGACUGCUUGCCUUUGAAACAGAAAAUGCUCAUCUCUCACAUUUGUUUUUGGACUAUACCUUUGUGUUCACGGGCAGCAUGUGAAGACCAUGAGAAAAAUUCACUGUUGAAUCUUUUACUAUAUCAUGUAGUAUGCAAAGAGUUGUCUAUUUCUUAGAAGAGACAUGCUAGUUUCCAAUGCAUGAAUCUAUUUUGUACACCUACUAAAUGCUUGUCUGUGUCUGUUUUGGAGAGCAUCGCCCUGCCCCAUGCUUCCAAAACCUAUAUUCGGUAGUAUUUGAACUUCCAAUAAACCAAGACUAGCAGCUAUGGAUCUAUACAUGAUUACAAACAAUCCCACCAUUCAAGGUCACAA